GCUUGGGAUUUGUUAGGACGUUUAUCGCAUAGUCCUCGUGUUCGGUCUCGUAUUUUGAAAGAAAAUCGCAGAUUAUCGCCAAUUUGAAGCGAUUAUCCCGGUCUAGAUUUCGAAGGGGUCCUUUUGGAUAGCGAACAUUGCAAUGAGCACCGAAUCGGCGAAGCCGGCACUCAGCCAGGAGGCCAUUGUGGCCCAGUUCCAACAGCUGCGCAAUGAGCAGCGCAAUUUGGUCAACAGUUUAAAUACGCUCGAAAUGGAUUUGAGGGAACACAAAACUGUGAUAGAAACUCUGGAGGCGGCGGAUCCCGAACGGAAAUGCUUUCGUCAAAUUGGUGGUGUGCUGUGCGAAAGGACCGUGAAGGAGGUGCUGCCACAGCUGGUGGAGAACAAGGAUUUCAUCGCCAAGACCAUCCAAAUGGUCACCAAUGACCUGAGCAAAAAGGGCAGUGAGCUGAACAAGUUCAAGGAGGAGCACAAUAUCAAGAUUCGCGGCGAACACUUGGUUGCCGAAGGAGCCAAGGGCGACGAUGCGGAGGACAAGGCGGAGAACCGUAAUGUCCUGGUGUUCAACUGAGAGCGAUUGAUUACCUCACCACACCGUAUUUAUUGUGUCUAUGUUGAGAGGGAACUCUGCCAGGAUUUGCGAGCGAUAAUCCGCGUUUAUUGAACACUUCUAAUGUUGUAUGUACUUCUAGCUGUAAGGCGCAGUUCGCGAAACGCCUCCAAUCGCACCUUCACACCAACACUAUCCAUCAAUUCCCCUCAUUUAAACUUAACCCACUCUGGCCACGAAUUAAAGAUACCUUAAACUUCCGAUUGAAAUUAGUCAUGUGUCUUGUGAUUCAUUCAAGAUCUGAAAAUGGAUGGACCUCUAUCCACCGACUGGAAACAAAAACUAUAUAAACUAUAUGAUUAUUUAUCCCUUUUAUGCCAUUUGUUCUGAAACAUUUUAUUGGUAUGUUAGUCAAAUUAGUUUCCUAUAAGGAAGUGAUU